CCGGGAUAACGGCUGCGCGAAUCUCCCCUGCCAGAACGGCGCCACCUGCCAGCCCAUCUUCGAGGAGGAUCUCACCUGCGAGGGCCACGACUGUCUAAUAGGACCGAGGGCCAAGCGCCGAAGCCUAAAGAGACGCAAGAACCGCAGGAGCAAUCCCGACCUCAACAUCAUCAAGUGCAAGGGUAGCCAGUGUAAUGUCCUCGACAGGCCCGGGCAUCGCGAUCACAACAACAACAAUAGUAACAAUCCAAGAAAAAUGUGUCUCGGUCCGGGCUGCGAUUACGAAUACGAUUUAGAUUACGACGAAAGCUACGAGCACCAGGGUUACGAGGCUGCCGAUUUGGAAUAUCAGUGCAUCUGUCCGCCGCAAUAUACAGGAAAAAAUUGCCAAGAUUCGCUUGAUCCUUGUAUGAGCGAACCCUGCCAUCAUAGCGCGACUUGUGACAUUUUACCCGAAGGUGGUUACGUAUGCAAGUGCCGACCCGGACGGACUGGAGUGCAUUGUGAAACGGUGGACUCGGAAUUGACGGAGUUCCUUGUACCGGAAUUAUCGGGCGACGGCUACCUGGAGCUCCCCUGCCUCGAGGGCGUCGGCCGCACCUUCUCCAUCGAGCUCUGGUUCCUGACGCGUGCGAGUGACGGCCUUCUCCUUUACAAUGGCCAGCUGAGCAACGGCAGGGGUGACUUCAUCAGCCUGAACCUCGUUCAGGGCAGACUAGAGUUCCGCUUCAACCUCGGCAGCGGCAUCGCCAACAUCACCUCGCCGGAUCUCGUGACCCUCGACACCUGGCACAGCGUCCGCAUAAGCCGACUCGGACGCGAAGGUCUCCUCAGGCUAGACAACGGCACCGUCGCCCGAGGAUUUUCCGGUAAUCCGCUCACCGAGCUCAACCUCGAGAUGCCACUCUACAUCGGCGGUGUCAAGCACUGGCACGAAAUGCAUCGACUGGCUGGUGCGACUUCGGGUCUUUUCGGAGCCAUCCAGCGACUCAUGGUGAAUGAGAAAACUUACCAAAACCUCGCCCUUAACUUCUCAAUACCACAGCACAAUACCGAUAUCUACGAUGGCUUACCCUGUCCAAUCAAUUCCAAUCCCUGCAGAAACGGCGGAGUCUGUUUCCCCUUGCUCAACAGCUUCUUCUGCAAAUGCGCGGAUGGCUAUGACGGCAUCAAGUGCGAAUUCUCCACAGGUGGAGAGAAUUCCGAACAGGCGGUCAGAUUUAACGGAGAGAAUUAUUUGCAAUUUAAACAUCGCUUCGGCAGAAGUCCUAACACUACUAAUGCCACAAUCGGUGAUUACAUCGAUGAGUCCUACACUGACUACGACACGGAAGACGACGCCUAUUACGAUUAUCAGAAUUACGACUAUAGUGAGAGGAGAGAGCAGCAAUCGAAUAAAUUCGAAUUGAGAUUGAGGACGACUCAUCCGGAAGGUGUUAUCGCAUGGAUCGGCCGGGGAAAAUUGGAGCAUCUGAUGCUGUCGCUGCACGAAGGUUACGUCAUGCUAUCCUACCGAGGCAAAAGAGAUGAGUUUACCAUCAGGAGUAAGGAGCGCAUCGACGACGGCUUCUUUCAUCGCAUCCGGGCGAUUCGCCGACGACGCUCGAUACUCCUGCAGAUCGAUGAACAGUCGCCGGUGAAGCUUGCGAGCGAGAGUGGACCCUUGACGACAAACGGGAAGCUCUUCGUCGGGGGUAGACCCGGGCACAGGGGCCUCAAGGCCUGCGUGCGCGACUUCGUCGUCGACAAGCGCAUCAUCGAUUUGGCGAGGCGAAAAAUCCAGCUUUGCCACGAGAACGACGUCUGAUAGUGCGGCGAGUGUGCGAUAUCCAAACAUAACCUCUAAAGUUGAGAAGUGCCCGGCCGAUCCUGAACUAUGAUCGUUGUACAGAACAGCAUGCAUCAUUACGUUUAUACGUUUGUUUACUUGUUUUCUUGGCGA